AUGACAAGGAACAAUUGGCAAACUGGCAAACAACAACAGAUAAUGGUCUUGAUAGCUUUGGAUGAAUUUCAGAAAGCACUCAUUGAAUCAUAUGAUCAUCAUAUCAGGAGGUCAUACAUCAAGAAUGUUAUAUUGGAAUUGUUGUCAUUAAGUGGAAGCAAGCAAGACACAACAACAACUGGGAUCUCAACACCAUCUGUUCUGUUGGAGAAAGCUGGAGCACAUAUCUUUGCUCCUAAGAGGUAUCCAGAGAGUUGCGAAGAGUGGGAAAAGAAUACCUUCAAGAAUCAAUUGGAAAAAGGAUAUUCUCUGUCUAAUUCAAAAGGAGCCUUGGUUGACUUUGUUCUUCGCAGAAAGAUCUGGAUCAACAACAAUUGGACUUGGAUAUGGAUACUGGGAGACGCCAAGUUUACAAGUGACGACAAAAUCUUGGAUUUCAAUUCAGUGGUCAAGCCAGUCUUGAAGAAAUGCGAAGAAGCCCAUAAGAACUUGGUCCCUAAUAGUUCUGAGGGCUCCAAUCAACCAAGUUCUGAUGUGCCUUUUGGUUACAUGUCUUCAUCCCAACAAACAAAAGACUAA